AUGUCUGACAGUACGAACGAAAAGAUGACUGCCACAUCGGCUGGUUUGGCCGGCACCGAAACGCCUCCCGACGUGAUGCACGAAGCCUCCAAGCCGAUGGGAAAGCCGUGGAUGUACAAAUCAUUCAAGCUGGGUCCCGUGACAAUUCCGGCGUAUGCCACGCCUCAAUUCCAAAUUGUAUUCGUUGCGCUCGUCUGCUUCUUGUGCCCCGGCAUGUUCAACGCAGUCAACGGCCUCGGGGCUGCUGGUCUCGUCAGCGCACAUGAUAUCAACAAUGCCAAUACGGCUCUGUACUCGAUGUUCGCCGGUGUCGGAUUCUUUGCGGGGAGCAUUGCAAACCGAAUCGGUCUGCGCUUGACAUUGGGCAUUGGAGGUUUCGGAUACUGCCUCUACAUUGCCUCGAUCUUGUCCUACAACCACAACCAAAAUGCGGGCUUCCUCAUUUUUGCGGGUGCUCUCCUCGGUCUUUGUGCCGGUAUGCUCUGGACCGCUCAAGGUGCCAUCAUGAUGGCCUACCCUCCUGAGAAGUCCAAGGGUCGAUACAUUGCCGUUUUCUGGAUGAUCUUCAAUUUGGGGGCGGUUAUCGGCGGGUUGGUCCCCCUGGCACAAAACAUCCAUUCCAAGAGCAACUCGGUCAACGACGGGACAUAUAUUGCGUUUAUCGUCCUGAUGGUCGUCGGAUUUGUCCUGGCUGGAUUUCUCUGCAACCCUCUGCUCGUCCAGCGCUCGGAUGGCUCCCGCGUCAUUUUGAUGAAGCACCCAACCUGGAAGUCGGAAUUUAUUGGUCUGUUCCAAACCUUGAUCUCAGACUGGUAUCUGCUGUUCCUCUUCCCUAUGUUCUUCGCCAGCAACUGGUUCUACACCUACCAUUUCCAAGAUGUCAACUUGGCCCGGUUCAAUAUCCGAACUCGUGCCCUCAACAGCGUCUUGUAUUAUCUCUUCCAGAUCGUCGGCGCCUGGGUCUUUGGGUUUGCCCUUGACAACCCCCGCCUUCGUCGCACUACCCGAGCCAAGAUGGCGCUAGUGGCCCUUUUCGUGCUCACCAUGAUCAUCUGGGGGGGUGGCUACGAAUUCCAGAAGACCUACACGCGUGAAGAGGUUAAUGCUGAUGAUUAUGUCAAACUCGACUGGACCGAUUCGGGCUACAUCGGUCCGAUGUUCCUCUAUAUAUUCUACGGAUUCUACGAUUCCGUCUGGCAAACCACGGCCUACUGGUUCAUGGGAUCUCUCACCAACAACGGCCGUAAAUUGGCCAAUUUCACCGGCUUCUACAAGGGAAUCCAAUCCGCCGGUGGUGCUAUUUCGCCGGUCCUUGAUUCCAACAAUGUCGCUUACAUGACACAAUUUGCCGUCAACUGGGGGAUUUUGGGAGGCUCACUCCUCAUUGCAGCCCCUGUUAUCUGGCUCAAGGUUAAGGACACCACCGAUCUUGAUGAAGAUCUCAAAUUCAGUGACGAGACCAAGGCAGAUGUUGCCCCUACCAGUGCUAUUGUUGGUGCAGAGGGUAUGAUGAGUGAGAAGAUCUAG